UACCGAUCUGUAGCCCGUCUUUUUUCAAGUCUUGUCUCUUUUCUCUAAGAACACAGCUUAAAUCUUGGUAACUCCGAUGGCUAUCACUUCAUUAUACUUGCUCUUACAAGUUGGUAGUGUAAUAAGAGUUGGGUAAAAGUAAACAGCCAUGAAUUGGGGCGGUGAGAUCUCGAGUCACCCGAGAGACAACAAUGCAUCUGUUUUGGUAUAGCUGCGAGCUGUACGGCCGCAGGGCGAGACCCUUGUCGGCCGGCACGGAUUACUACAGCUAGGAUUAACUGCAGGGAUGAGCUUGAGCUUGCAGAUUUACAGCUUGCAAGCAGCAGGUUUUGCAUGGACCCAAGCUAGUACUAGCAAUGCAAAGGACAGCGACCAGAUUGGCUGCACCUGCACACUGCACACACACACUGCCAUGCUCUCUAUCUCUCCUGACCAAAUCUUUAUUCUUUGGGCACCAGACGAAUCAGAUCUGGUUCAGAGAUGCCCUGCCCCUUUUAACUCUUCCACCAUGCAACUUGCCUGGACGACUGAAUUUUUAGUCGGCAAUGUUCAGUAAUCAGUCACGGCUUGCUUGCUUGCUUGGCCGAUUUGUUUGUUGCUCCAGCAUGCUAGGAUUGCUUAAGAGUUUCAGGCAGAGCAGCUUCAUGUGCUAGUGCAGUGUGAUUAGGAGCUUUUUGCAGAUUGCAGUAGAUAGCAUCCUCCCUUGGUUAUCCAAUCAAUGGCUUUUUAGUGGAUGGAAAGAGCAAAAGAUUCCAUGCAUGGAGUAGAUAGCUUUUGUUUUGUUUUGUUUAGAGGAGCAAGGCCACAUGUGUUGCAAAACAUUGUGGCAGAAAUAUGGAAAUGAAAGGGAGAGUGAGAGGGUCCAUGUUGAAUAAGACCCUUUGGCCAGAAUGUUCAUAGGAGCUUUAAUUACCAUGUUGAUAACGGAUGAUGAGGCCCCAUAACCAAGCAAUGCUGAUCUCCAGAAUGGGUGAAGACAUUUUCACUGAUUCUGAUCUGCACAACUGGAUUAUGUUGAAUUAAAUCAUUCAUGUCGACAGCUUGUGGAGGGCAGAUCUCUGAACAAAUCUAGAGUAAAUGUCUUAGAUCAGAUUUUUAUGACUGAGUACACAUUAAUCAUCUCAUCAGUCAUCCAGUCAAUCUUGGUGGUCCAAACAAAAUCAAUUGACAAUAUUGUCACCACAGUCUAGUACUACUACAAAGUAUGUGGUUGGUAAUAGAUGAAAGGAAGUCCAUGGAAAUGGGGCCCUACAAGCUUGGGGUCAGCCAUGGAUUGGUACUGCCUAACUACCAAACUCUAAAUAAGAGGAUGGCAGCUGCAGCCUGCAGGCAGGCAUGAAACCUGCUCCACUUGGACUCACUCCAUUUACAUGUAACCAUAGUUAGUACUAGAACCACUCUCUAGCUACUUGUAUAGUUGUAUGUUCCAGCUUCCUAGUAGGUGGUUAUGGACAAACACCCGUGAUGAUCUUAGUGUCUUAUCAGAAUAAUCAUGCUGAUGCAUUGGUCAACACUGGUCUGGCGAAAUUGGGGUACCAGUAUGUGAAUAUAGAUGAUUGCUGGGCAGAAUAUAGUAGGGAUUCCCAGGGUAACUUUGUGCCAAAUAGGCAGACGUUCCCCUCUGGUAUCAAGGCACUGGCAGAUUAUGUGCAUGCAAAAGGGCUGAAGCUUGGCAUCUACAGCGAUGCCGGGUCACAAACAUGCAGUAACAAAAUGCCAGGAUCACUUGAUCAUGAAGAGCAAGAUGUCAAGACCUUCGCGUCUUGGGGAGUUGAUUAUCUGAAGUAUGACAACUGCAAUGAUGCUGGCAGGAGUGUCAUGGAAAGAUACACUAGAAUGAGCAAUGCCAUGAAGACCUAUGGAAAGAAUAUCUUCUUCUCACUCUGUGAAUGGGGGAAAGAAAAUCCUGCUACAUGGGCAGGCCGCAUGGGUAACAGCUGGAGAACAACUGGCGACAUCGCCGACAACUGGGGCAGUAUGACAUCUCGUGCAGACGAAAAUGACCAAUGGGCUGCCUAUGCUGGACCUGGUGGAUGGAAUGAUCCUGACAUGCUUGAAGUGGGAAAUGGUGGGAUGUCUGAAGCUGAGUACCGGUCACACUUCAGUAUCUGGGCACUAGCAAAGGCUCCUCUUUUGAUCGGAUGCGAUGUGCGCUCAAUGAGCCAGCAGACGAAGAACAUACUCAGCAACUCGGAGGUGAUCGCUGUCAACCAAGAUAGUCUAGGUGUCCAAGGAAAGAAAGUACAAUCUGACAACGGAUUGGAGGUUUGGGCCGGGCCACUCAGCAACAACAGGAAGGCUGUGGUGCUCUGGAACAGGCAGUCAUACCAGGCAACCAUCACUGCACAUUGGUCGAACAUCGGGCUCGCUGGAUCGGUCGCGGUCACUGCUCGUGAUCUAUGGGCGCACUCUUCGUUCGCGGCUCAGGGACAGAUAUCAGCAUCGGUGGCGCCUCAUGACUGCAAGAUGUAUGUCUUGACACCAAACUAGUCAGCAAAGAAAAGCAGCACAGGUUAGUACGUGUCCGGCGAAUACAGCUAAAUUGAUCAGGAUUCAGGAAGAAGGUUUGCAAUUUGCAAGGAUUGGUAGAGCUGGAAAUGGGAUGCCAUUUGGUUAUGUAUGUAGAAAUAAGCUGUAAGCCUGUAAGCGUAUAUGUAAUCAGCCGUCAAAUGCUGGCGAGUGUAUUUCUGAAGUUUGCAACGAAAGUUGCAGCAAUAAAAAUACAAAAAGAAGGCUUUCCUGCCACUAUAUAAGAUAUGAACAUAUGAAUUUUUUGCA